AGCAUCUUGGCGUCUGGCGGUGGCGUUGCUCCAAGCAUGCGCGACGCCCAGCUGCAGCCCGAUGCGAGCAGCCUCGGGGGGCUCAUCGGAGCCUGCGGGCACGGCCGGCAGUGGGAGAGGGCGCUGGCGUGCCUGAAGGAGUAUGCGUCCCGGCGGCACCCCGCGGGCGUGGUGGAGUGGAGCGCGGCGGUCAGCGCCUGCGAGAGGGCCAGCCGCUGGGGCGCGGCGCUGUCGUGCCUGCGGGGCAUGGCGGCCGGCGCGGUGCAGCCGAACGUGGUCACCUUCAGCGCGGCGAUCAGCGCGUGCGAGAAGGGCAGCGCCUGGGAGCUGGCCCUGGCGCUGCUCGAGGAGAUGGGUGCCCGCCGCGCCGCGCCGGGCGUCGUGAGCUUCAACGCCCUGAUCAGCGCCUACCAGAUGGGCGCGCCCGCCGCGCGGGGCGGCGGCGGCGGCGCGCCGCCCCCCAACACGGUCAGCUACAACGCGGCCAUCAGCGCCUGCGAGAAGGGGCAGCAGUGGCAGGUGGCCCUCGGCCUCCUGGGCGAGGCCCGGGGAGUCGAGCACAUGUUCCAAGAGCCGCUCGAGAUGUUCUUGCCCGCGCUUCUGACCGAGGCGGCACACCGCUUUCGUCCACCGCACUUGACGUCCUGGGAACACCGUCCCGGUUCUCAGCGCACUGCUUGGCUCCAAGGCGGGGGCGCGCAGGGUCGCGCGCGACGUGGUGUCCUUCAACGCCGCCAUCAGCGCCUGCGAGAAGCGGAAGCAGUGGCGGCACGCGCUGGCCCUGCUCGCAGAGAUGCGCGACGCGGUGCUCCAGCCCGACGCGGUCAGCUUCAACGCCGCCCUGAGCGCGCUCGAGUACCCGCGGCUCUGGCAGAGGGCGCUGGCUGUCCGCUGCGAGAUGGUGCUGCUAGAGACGGCGCCGGACGUGGUCACGUUCAACGCGCUGCUCAGCAACUGCGAGAAGGCGCUGCAGUGGGAGCGAGUGGUCGCUCUCCUGACGGAGAUGGGCGGCCUGAGUGUUGAGAUGGACGACAUCCGGCUACAACGUCUCCACGGUGGCCUGCGGCCGCGGCGGGCACUGGGCCGGCGCCCUCCGGGCGGGCCGAGCGCCCGAGCGCCCCGGGAGUUGCCGCGGGCUCCCGGGGAGAGCCCCCAGCAGGGAGCGCGG